AGGUACAACAGUGAGACAUCACAAACUCAUCGACAUCAUGAUCUUCACCAUUACAUGCCUUGCCCUAGUGGCUUCUGCUCUGGGUUGUGGAGUGCCUGCGAUUAAGCCACAGACGAUUGGCAGCAGGAUUGUGAACGGACAGAAUGCCAUCUCUGGUUCUUGGCCCUGGCAGGUCUCUCUCCAGCAACCCAACGGAGACCACUUCUGCGGUGGAUCCCUGAUCAACCAGAACUGGGUUCUCACUGCUGCUCACUGCCGUGUCCUGGUCGGCAAUCAUCGUGUCAUUCUUGGAGAACAUAAUCGUGGCUCCAAUGUUGAACCCAUUCAGGUCAAACUAGUUUCCAAGUUCAUCCCACAUCCGCUCUACAGCAGCUCGACCAAAAGCAAUGACAUUGCGUUGCUGAAACUUGCGUCUCCAGUUGUCUUCACUCCCCGUAUCUCUCCUGUAUGUCUGGCUCCAUCAACCAUCAACAUCCUGCCUGGAACUCGCUGCUUCACCACUGGAUGGGGCAAAACUAGCCCCACAUCUUCAGCGAUUCCUCUAAUCCUGCAGCAAACAGGUCUGCCCAUCAUGAGUCCUACUCAGUGCAGACUGAUCUGGGGUCAGAGCCGAAUCACUGAUGCCAUGAUCUGUGCUGGAGCCUCUGGAUCCUCAUCUUGCAAUGGUGAUUCUGGUGGUCCUCUGGUGUGUGAGAGAUCAGGGGUCUGGACUCUGGUGGGGUCUGUGUCCUGGGGCACCAGCACUUGUGACACCCGUUACCCUGCUGUCUACGCCCGCAUCUCCCAACUGCGCUCCUGGAUCGACAAUACUAUCGCUUCCAACUAGAGCGCCGGUCUGAGCAUUUACCCUUCAAAGGAGGCAAAAGCAGAGUUUCUUAUCAUUAAUCUGUAUCACAGUUGGUCCUUGUAGAUGAUCUUUUUGUUUAUGUCUUUUGGCCUUGUGUCAGUCUGGGACCUGCCUGUUGAGUUUAAUGUUUUGUUUUUGGUUCAUGUUACAUGUUACGGUUUUUAACAAAUAAUGAUAACUUCUGGUAAUUAAAUAAUGAAAAUAAAAUGAAAUGAAUACAAU